AUGGCUUUUUUCUUUUUAUCUGCCAAUCUUCUUGCUCUGGUUGUAUCGGCGAGUUCUGUGAAGACUUCAAAAGGUGUUGUCUUUCUUCCUUUUUGCUUUAUUUUCCUGACAUCUACAUCGUCUUUUUGAGAAAGUCGAAACCAUUUUAAAUGGUAAUUUUCAUUUCUUUAUCAAAACGCAGGACAAACGCCAAACGUUAGGUUUGUCUUCGCCAAUUUCCUUGCUCACAAAGACUACUAUUUGAACGUUACAACUGUUGGUACAGAACUGGUCCAAGACUCCCUUGAGUGCGUGUUCAAGUGUCUGGAGAAGGAUCCAUGUUUGUCCUUCAACCUGGCAGAUUUGGAUGAUAACAUUGACAAUCUGCUAUGUGAACUGCUUCCAUCUGACCAUUACAUCCAUUCAGACAAGUUCAUCGCCAACCAUCUUUGGUAUCACUACAGUAUUGUGGUAAAAUUAUUUUCCUUUUUCUACUUUAUCUAAUCAUCACGUUUUUUGUUAUUAUCAUUAUUUCAUCCUAAUAAUAACUAAAAUCGGGUGCAAUCGUUUGAGCAAACUUUAUUCAAGUGUUCAAAGCUACUAUAUCUCUCGUCGGAGGCCAUUUUUAAGUCGUUUUAUUGAUCCUUCAUAGAAGUUUUUUUAACUGGUUUUUAUCAAGGGAGUAAGUAAUUGAUUUUCUCGGUCUUAGUCUCCUUGUUCGAGGUUGCCCUGUCAGAACGAUGGAACUUGUGUACCUCUGUACCAGACAAACAGCUUCAAGUGUCGCUGUACGAAAGCAUACACAGGAAGCCACUGCGAAAACGGUAAAGGUUUUGGUUUCUAGAACAAUAUUUUCAAAAAUAUUUCGCGCGCAUGCCUUUCGUAUCUGAUUCCUACUGAGCCAUCAUUCAUCGUCAUUUUACUUCACACUGACUUGUUUUGACAAACAUUAAUUUUUUGCUAUUAUUAUUAAUUUUCUCUGUUCCUCUAUAUCAGUUGAUAAUGACUGCAGCUGUUCAUCAGGACCAGAAGGAAAACAGAGAUGCAAAAUAGGUCAGUUAAUAUUCCACCUUCAAGUUAAGGUAGCUUGAAACAGCUUUCCGAGACUAUACCGAAUAUAUAUAUUAAAAAAAAACCUAAAAAAGCGACUUUCCCUUUACGAAGCCAAAGGAAAUUCACUCUUGUUCACAAAAUGAUUAAAGUCUGAAGUAAUGGACGUUUCAAGGCAAUCACAAUUGAUGUAUCUAUACAUGAGGAAAUCCCAUUACAUAGUUUUUUAGAUCGAUCUCGUAAUACGAAGCCAAUAUCCAGCCAUCUUGACCGAACAAGCUUUUUUAAUAAAGGAUUUAUCUUGGAGAGAACGAUUUCUCUUUAUUUUGAAAGAAUCAAGAAUGAAUUUUUGACUUCCAGAGCCGAGAAAGAAAGUCAGCUGUGUUUGUAGCACAAUAAAGCCACGUCAGUCGUUUAUGUUUUAUUUGUUUUGUUUGUGGAGGUCCUCGGCCGAUUUUUGCGACUUCACCGCCGGCAUUGUUUAAAAAUUGCUAACUCUGUUAGUCCGCUCGGGUAGCUAAUGCGAACGACGGAUUCGCUUCAUAUUGUAUUUGAAGCGGCGCCAGACUUGAUACUGUGCGUGCCGUAACGUAUUUCCUAAAUUCCUCUCUAAGCGUUGUGUAUGAAACGCCUUUAGUAGCAUGAAAAUACUCCUUAAACUUAGAUUUAACAAUUCGUCUAACUAGGGGGGAGGAUGACUUAGUAGAUGAAGGAAGAAUCUUGAGUAACCUCUCGGUAAUAGAAACCGGACAAGUAGCCUUAUGAGACCUUGCUAGGAGAGAGUAUCCCCCUCUCUAUACCGAUCAUUCUUGCGUUUCGGAAUGAAAACUGACACGAAAUCACUGCAAAUAGAGACAUCUUUAACAGACAAGGUACGAAUUUCGCCCAUACGGUAAAACUCAGCGAAGUUAACCAAGAGAAUGAAAAGAAAACGAAUAACAGCGAGAGAACUACUAGAAAUAUAAUGAUCAGCGAUCCUACAAACUGUGUCGACGGAUAAAGGAUCUUUGGGCUGAACGGGACGUGCAAGUUUCGUUGUAGAGCCCUCUAAGGAUGACUUAACAAGGGGGUGACUAGUAGGGCAUUCUACUAUCCCGGUCAGGCUAUGAGCCCACUUAAUGCCGAAAAGAACUGACUGUAUAGAAGAUAUCCCCGUAUUAUGGCUAACUGAAAUUACAGUAAGCUCGCUAAUAAAGAGCGCAACAUGUGGAGGCUUUGCUGGAAUAACUUGAACGCCAAUCUUAGGAGCUGCUUAUUGACGCCACUUCAGCCAGCCAGAUCUGUAUUUCUGCACGGUGGAAGGAGCCCUGGACUCCAACUGUAAAUGGAGAAGGUUUGGAACAAGCCUACGCAAAGAUGGAUCGACCGGACAAUUUGCGUCACGCCAAAUCCCCGAUUGCAGAACGUCUACAAGAAAUAAAAUAAAACAAAAUAAAAGUAAGCAAAAAACAAAAGGUAUAAUAACAUAAAAAAGGAGAUACAUAAUACAAACAGAAAAUGAGAUGCACAAAAACCAUCAAAACGGCCCAAGAGAUACUGCCAAAUCAGGCAAAACACAAUAAAAUAAGCAAACGCGGAGUAAAAACAAUUUGGCCCGGAACACGUACGGUCAAAACGACGAUGCCAAAUCAGGCAAAAGAUGCAAACAAACGGAGGUCAGACUACUAAACAAAAUGACACUGCCAAAUCAGGCAAAACACAACGAGGGUAGACUAAAAGAUCAGAAAUGACAAGGUGAGGAUUAGAGCUGAAAGAAAAGAGACGUGCAUGGUAAACGAGGAUGACAAAAGCUCACUUAAAAUCUACCUGUAACGCUAACAUUCUGAAUCUCAGGCAAUCGAUGAAAACCGAGGGACGCGCCUUGUAAAUUUGCCUCUGGCUGGGUCCUUCCAACAAGAGGUCUUCUAUUCAAUGAAGCUCAAACACUCCCUUAACAAAAGACUUGAACUGAGAAGAGCUGUCACGCAAAAAGGGCCAAAAAUAGGCCGAAGGCCACUAUGGGACGAUCAAAGUGCCGAAACCAGAGCACGACGAGAGAGCUCUAGAAGGGACGAUGGCACUCACAGGAGGGCAGACCCAAUUGUUCUCGUCUCGCCAAUCCUGGGCCAAGGCGUCAACGCCGCAGCAGCCGAGGGAGGCAAAUUUAGAAUUGAAUCUAGGAACCUGGGCCUUGUAAUGCGACGCAAAUCGAUCGAUUGUAUGAGGGCCCCAUUUGGCGUAAAUCACUCGAAAUACAGAAGGGUUGACGGACCAGUCAUCUUUGUCAACAAAUCUGCCGAGAAGAUCUGCCCUUUCAUUAAGCGACCUUGGGAUCCAUUGCGCUUCCAGCUGUUAACAAAACAGAGAUUAAAAAUGUCCAUAGCCAGAGCCUGGAGAUUAAUUUUGGAGCUCCCGAUAGCAACAAUUCUGGCGGCGCCCUGAUUAUCAGUAAGGAUUUUAACUCUCUUGUGUUUCAAUCGAACAACGUAGGAAAGCAACACGAAAUAAAUAGCUUUCAGUUCGCGGAACGUAGAACUUUGGCCGAUAUCCUCGGGUUCCCACAUGCCGCUGAGAAGCUGAAAAACCUCCGAAAGCUACAAAACUUGCGUCGGAAAACACAACGGUUUGGGUCGCUAAUGGUGGCCUUAUAGAAUAACCGUUGAGGCAAUCGAUGUUGCAGUACCAAAAUUUGAGCUCGAGUAGAAGACUGGGAGAAAAAUGAAUGGUGUUGUCCCAUGCUGACCUGGUUUCAAUGGCAAAGUACAUCUGCCUGGUCAUAAGACGAGAAAUCGGGCCGACCGCCAAAGCAACUGAAAUGAUAGUACCAGCGAUUCUCACUAACUCACGGAAUGAAGAGUACCCCGCUUGAAUCGUAGAAUCCAACAAGUCCUUAAGUUUGGAGACUUUCUUCUCUGGAAUUCGGAAUGACAAUGAAAUAGAAUCGAUCACGAAACCGAGCCACUGGCCAAUUUCCGUUGGGGUCCAGUGCGACCUAACUAACGGGCGCAUCAACUUAGUGAAACAAAAGCAGGCACUACCAAGGCCGAAAGGAAGAACUGCAAAGGUAAAAUAUCUAACAACGCCGGAAAAAGGCCAAGCAAAACCGAGAUACUUUUGGUGAUCAAGACAAAUAUCAACAUGAUGGUAGCCGGACUUAAGGUCCCAUGUGAAAAACCUUCAUCCAAAACCUUCGUCCAGAACUUGGGAUAGCGAGCGCAAAUCUUCAUAUUUGAAUCUGGGUUUAACUAAACAAUUGUCGACGUGCCUAAGAUCAAUAACAAGACGCAACUUCUUUCCUUCCGCGACUGUUAUAGGAUUUACGUAGAACGGAGGAGCGACAUGUUCAACAAUACAACCAUUACUAAGAAGCUCGGUAAUUGCUUCGGCCACAAAUUCUGGAUGCUGAAGCGCAGAUCUAUUGUUCUUUAGAAAGCACUGUGAGGGAUACUCGGCAAAAGGUAACCUGUAACCACGCCUAAUCAUCUCAAGCACAAAAUCUGAAGCAUCUAAUGCUUCAACCCAGAAGUUAAGCGAGGACUUCAAGCGACCUUUGACGCCAUUGCUACCGCCUUUAACACUAAAUUCGUCGCUACAGGAAGACAAUAAAUCUGAAAAAUCACACUCAACUUGCUGGGCAUCAGCAUUAUCAGUGGUCAACAAACCGCCAUCUAGUCAAUCACGGCGAGCGCUACUCUUUGAAGUGUCCGCAAGUUUCGUGCUUGUCAAGCUCAAAUGACCCAAACCUCCACACUGAAAAAAGGGGAACACACAACAGUAUGAAAAUAAAAUCCACAGCAUAAAAAUAAAAGAACAGUAGAGUAGCGUGUGGCGUUAGCAGACCCGAAGGAAGAUCACUAACUGACAAUAGCUAUAUAUACGACACGCAAUUAACGCAUAUUGCGUAACUGAAACACCUAAUUGUAUAACACAAUAAGAAUACCAAAUACAGAACGAGCAGAAAACAAAUAUCUGCUAAACUACGUACCGCAGAUAUUUUGAUAUUCUGUUCAACCACCUUCUCAUCAAUGAAGCUGGUGGUCGGACACUUGAAAACAUUUACGGCGGUGGCAGGUUGAAGGCAAAACUCAGGAAAAACAGCCACUCAUGCAAACGUGUCAUCUUUUGGAAAAAAGUUCGGAUAUAACGCGCACUGUCAUUGGUAGAAAGAGCUUGCUCUAUCAGAGUACAAAACAUGGAGCUGAGCUAAAGCUGUCACGCCAAUUUUUUUAUGCCCGACCAUUUUGCGGACUUCUCUCUAGCCUUUUUUUUUCGUGAAUUGAAAGUGAAUUUUCGGAACAAGCGUGCCGAUAAGUAGCGAUAGAAGAGCCAAAAAGGGUCUGUAUAAACUUGCCAAGCGCCGUAAUUGACGUAAUUAUAACGUAAAAUCCUCAAAGAGGAAACGAAGUGAACUGUCCGACUUUGAAGGUUUUCACGUAAGCUUAGGUAAGGUAAUAAAUAUCAAACACAUCUAAUACCCAUAUAUAGUAUAUAUAGUUUCAUGUUCACAAAGUUUCUAAAUUUUCGUCUUCAAAGAAGUGGGGAGAAACACUCCUCUACGUCUCGUGUACCUCCCUACACUUCUUUCCUGCUCUAGCCACUUCCUCCGUGCUUUACAACAGAAUAGAGCACGGUCAAGGCUUUUCUAUUUGUUAAUUAGUAUAGCUAUCGGAUAAUUACAGAGAUGUGUAACUUAUUCACAAACACUCUUUAUAGUGAAUGAGGGAAAAGUGGCGGUGUACUAACGAAGGCAAAAAGUAGACACAAACGCGCGCGCACGUUUCACGCACACUCUUUGGUGCACCCAAACACAAAAGGGGUGAAUGGGCUAAGAGACGCAACCGACAUUCCAUUCACUAGUAAAUGAUAACUUCGUGUUUUGACUUCUUUACCCUAUGCAAUAACCAUGACGUCUUUACGACGAUCUUCAUAUUCUACAUUGUCAAUUAUAUUAUGGCCUUAGACAGUUGAUGAGAGCGCACCCGAACCAGCUACCUUGCAAAGAAAGUGGGGGCAAAUUAUAAGUUACCUAGAACUGCGGGUCGUUCAAAACUUGGCAAAAGACGGGAUGGAGUCUUAUUUUAUGUUGCUUACAAUUGAACACUGUGCGGCAUUCUUGAAGAACGUUAGAACAUUUAUACAAAUAGUGCAUACUUCUAAAUAGGAAAAUUUUAUUAAAGAAAGCGCAGUUGCUCAAACAACUGUCUAAAAAUUUUGCAAUUCAUUUCCUCUGUUGUAGAGUACCUUAUGAUGUUUCCGGAGCUGCGUUCUACAGAAAAUUACGCCAUGAAGAAUCCAGCCAUAACUUCAGAUCUCAGCCAGUUGUCUUUGUGUUUUUUUAUCAAACUUGUUCAAGACCAAGGGGAUCAGAUAAUCGUCAGCUAUGCC